AUGCCACCAAAUAUAGGAGUUACCCGGUACACUAUCGGCAUCCUCGCCCUCCUCUCCGUCGUCUGCAUCUGGGUCUCCUCCAGUUUCCUCAUGAACAAUAUCUUUGCAGGGCAAAAUUACAACAAACCCUUCUUUGUCACAUAUGUCAACACCGCCUCCUUCUCAUUCUACCUCCUGGGUCCGCUCUUCCAUCAUUGGCGCGAGUCCUGUGCUGGUGGCCUUGGUCGUGGUUAUUUCUGGACUAGAUUCUUAUCGCGGUCCGAAAAGCAAAUGUCGACUGUGACCGAAGAGUCUUCUAAGCAACCAUCAUCCAACACCAGGACAUACGGGACUAUGGGUCAGCCAGGGUCAGGAAUUGUAGUAGGGACACCAUCUUCUGGAGCAGGAGCAUCUCAAUCAGAUGCGGCGUCAACUCUGGAAGAAGGAGGUUCAUUGGCAUUAGCACAGGAUGAUCAGCCAUUGACCCAUCGGGAAAUCGCAGAGCUCAGCUUUACCUUUUGCAUUCUCUGGUUUGCUGCCAACUGGGCGACCAAUGCCUCUCUCGCCUAUACCACUGUGGCCAGUUCGACCAUUUUGGCGUCAAUGUCAGGAUUUUUCACCCUCGCUAUCGGCGCAAUUCUCAAGACGGAAUCAUUCAGCACGCUCAAAUUGCUUGCAGUCUGCGCCAGUGUGGCGGGAGUCGCCCUUGUCAGUGAGUCGGAUCGGAGCGAAACGAACGACUUGCUGCUGGACCCCAAGGCACCGAUUGCGCCCCUUUUUGGAGAUUUUCUUGCGCUGAUAUCGGCCUUGUUUUAUGGAUGCUACACUGUCCUUCUCAAAGUCAAGAUCCAAAGUGAGAGUCGAGUCAACAUGUCCCUCUUUUUCGGAUUCGUGGGACUUUUCAACCUUGUGCUGCUCUGGCCCAUGUUUGGAGUGCUUCACUGGACAGGAAUCGAGCCCUUUGAGCUGCCUGCUGACACAAAGAUCGUUUGGAUGAUCGGAAUUAACGCCAUCGUUGGCACCUUUGUUUCGGAUUACCUUUGGCUUCUUAGUAUGUUGAUGACUUCACCAUUGGUGGUGACUCUUGGUCUCUCGCUGACGAUUCCUUUGGCGCUUUUGGGAGAUGUGGUUGGAUAUGGCCGAGUUCUUGGAGCUGCUUAUUGGGUGGGAGCAGGAUUGGUACUUGCGGGAUUCUUUGGAGUCAACGGCGUGGCUUUGAGCGAGAGGGAUGAAGCGGAGCGAGAGGAAGAAGUGGCGAUCCGAUCCGCAGCGUCUUGUCCGACAGCCGCUGUAGCCGCUUCAGCCCUUGUUUCUGAGGAACGCCAUGGACAUGAGCGCUCUAUUUCACGCGACGAGACAGAGCGCCUUUUGCGCCCAACUUCGAGUCGCUGA